UCUUCUCACUCAUCCACCAUCCACCUCUCCUUCCUCUCUUCUCACCUUCUCGCUCUCUCGCCGGAAGGGUUUGGGAUCUUGAUUCCCGUGGAUCGUGGGCGUUCUUAGGGCUCCGGCGAUGGACGACGACGACUGGACGUGGUACGCGCGCAAGCACCUCGCUUUGGCGGCGAACGAGCUCAUCUCGCUGAGAGAUCCGUCGAGAAGGGUGCCAUGGAGGAAGCUCAUCCCUCCUCGGCUCCAUCCUUCUGUGCGAUGGGGAAAGCGCAAGAGAAGGACGGGGAGACGUGACGUGGCGAGUCCUCAGACGCCGUUGGAGUUCUCUUUCAACUUAUCUCAUGGCGGCUCCAGCGCCGGCGAGAAGCGCUCCGACGCCGAUGGCUUGAUUCUUCUCCCCGUCACACGACCCUGCGUGGAGACGAAGGUGGAACCGACGCCUCCUCGGAAGCCGAUCAGAGCCAGAAAGAAGACACUCCCGGAGCUGCAAGAGGAGGAGAGGUCUUUGCUUGGAGAGCGACAAGGAUACCAAAAGUUACUAGAGGCGAAACGGAAUACGCUUCAAGUACUGGUGGAAACGAAUGAGAGAUUGAGGAGGACAAAGCUAAUAUUGCAGUCGGAGCGAACAGCAGUGACAUCGGAAGAACUUCAGCCUCGCAAUAAGGCCGUAGUCGAAUUACCCGAUCUUAAUGAACUACCUGAUCUCAAUGAUCAAGUGAUGCAAGAAACCUCUUAAUAAACAGAGACUACAGACAGGCCAUGUUCAUCAUUUGCAUGAACAGCCCCAACUGUAUAUAUAUGAUGAGAUCCAGGUAGAAUCAGUAUGACUGAUCAUCGACAAACGGCGUCGAUGCCUGACGAGAUAUAGCUCGAAAUUAGUUCUUUUGUUUUUUUUGAGAUAAAAUAGUGAAUAGGCUACUGAUCUAGAGAACCUCUCUCUUCUUUGUGGUUUUUUUUUGGUUGGCAAUGAGAUUCAACCCUAACUCAAUUAAUGUGUCAAAUAACUUAGGACUAUUUGUUGCUGCAACUGGGAACCCCCAUAAAUUUCAUUCUUUUUGAGGCCUUAUCCACCUCACUUGUCAUUCCUUUACCUUGUUAACUGUAUAAUUAAAUGCGGAGACUUUAUUUUA